CAUAUGAGGCCCCAAAACUAGUAAACCCUAUAUGAUUCACAUCCAUUGAUUUCUUAUCUCAAGGAAUACACAUGAUAUAAUGAUAUACAAAAUUAAAUUUUUGUUUUGGAUUGAUUCAAGUUAGUUCAUUCAUGCCCUUUUUUCACCCAAGUCUCCAAUAAUGCAAACCAAACUGCAAUCCAUGCAAUCCAUCUAUGCACUUCAUCUCAAAACUCCAAACAAAAUAGUUAGCACAUUAAACCAAAACAACCAAACCAAUCAACAAUCAUCAGCAGGCAAAAUUAAACGUCUUGUUCUAACACAAGAAGGUAGAACCAAACUCAACAUUUACCAAGACAAAGAGUUUUAUGCGUAUCCACGCCUUGUGACUCAUGUCGAUGAUGGAUUCAUUUCUACACUAACAAAUCUUUACAGAGAAAGGUUAAGACCCGACACUGAAAUUCUUGAUCUCAUGAGCUCUUGGGUUAGCCAUCUACCGAAUGAUGUCAAAUACAAAAGAGUAGUUGGGCAUGGGAUGAAUGCACAAGAGCUUGCAAAGAAUCCAAGGUUGGAUUACUUUGUUAUAAAGGAUCUUAAUAAAGAUCAAUUGUUUGAAUUUGAGAGCUGUUCUUUUGAUGCAGUUCUGUGCACUGUCAGUGUGCAGUAUCUCCAACAACCAGAAAAGGUAUUUGCAGAGGUGUUUAGGUUGCUAAAACCGGGAGGGGUGUUCAUAGUGAGUUUUAGCAACAGAAUGUUUUAUGAGAAAGCCAUAAGUGCAUGGAGGGAAGGAACAGGUUACAGUAGGGUUCAGUUUGUGGUUCAGUAUUUCCAAUCAGUGGAAGGUUUCACAGAGCCAGAGGUAAUUAGAAAGCUUCCAGCAGCUAAUGAUGAAGAAAACUCACCGGUUGGCUGGAUCAUGAAGCUCUUUGGAUUGUUUUCAGGGUCAGAUCCCUUUUAUGCAGUUAUUGCUUAUAGAAAUUUUAAGCCAAUACAUGAUAAUUGAACUAGAGGCUUGUUUGUUGUGAAAGUAGAAUUCGGUUAAUAGCAAUACUUUCAUAGGUGAAAUGUGAUAUGUUAUUAUUUAUUCAUGAUGUUGAAAUUGUUAA